AUAUUCCCAAGUUUCUCAAGUCGGAGCUAGCAGCCAGCCUGUUGGAUCUGAUGCAACAACUUCUGGCCCGUGGGAAAGUCCGCCAGGUGGCCGUCCUUGAGCAGGCUAACUGCUGCAUGCUGACCUCACUGCCCACCUGGCACCUGGCCCACAGAGACCAGAUCGGGCUGGUUAAAGCCGCCACGAGCAGCCUGGAGACCAUGUUUAAGAUUUCCGUGGAGAAAGAGUUCUACACCUGUUUCAAACAUGGCACCGACAAGAUCGUCUGCCACUCUGGCGACAGCGUUCUGGUGGCGCAGACGACACACUCCUGCGUGGUGGUGGGGGUGGCUAGCGACCACAUCCCUGGCUCCUGUCUGUACGAAGUGUCCGAACUAGCCCGCGCCCUGCUGGACAAAGGCUGGUAG